AAUAAAAAGAAACAAUUCAAGGAUCUGGCAAGGAGAUAUCGAUCCUGCGUAACAAUGAGCCCAGGAAUGAGAAGAGCAAGAUUUGUCGCUUUUGGGGCUGACUUUGAUGACCGAUGCCUACGUUCUUUAAUCUCGUUUUGGACAUAAGGUUUUUCUACUUCCUUAAAAGGCUGUUUUCAUUUUUGUGUAGUGUUCUGGUUUGCCUAAAUAAAAAACAAAGAAAGUGUUUUGGUUUGGAGUAGAAAAUACAGUUGAAACUACCGAACCCACCAACAAAAACAGGCAUACGGAGAAACCAAAGCCCCCCCCCCAACUGCCACUUCUCUCCUUUCUCAUAUUAACACCAAACUUAGAAUUAUUUUUUACACAGACAAAACACAAACACAAACACAAACGCUCUCUCUUUCUCUCGUGAAAUCACAGAUUCGUCAUCGUAAUCAAAUCACACACACAAAACAAUGAUUCAACAUUCAUUUUAUAAAACUUCUCCAAUCCCAAAAACCCCAUUUCCAAAACCCCCACAUUCCAAAUAUAUCAGAACCAGAAUUCAUUGUGAGUCCCUGAAUUCUCCAUCAUCAUCAACAGCAACAACAACAGCAGCAGCAGCAAAAACACAAUCUUUAUCGAACCCAACAAAUGGGCCAUACCCAGGAGGAAUGGGGCCCCACACAGGGAGAGACCCAAAUGUGAAAAAGCCAGAGUGGUUGAGACAGAGAGCCCCUCAGGGUGAGAGGUUCAAUGAGGUCAAGGACUCACUCUCACGCUUGAAGCUCAACACGGUUUGUGAGGAAGCUCAGUGUCCUAACAUUGGAGAGUGUUGGAAUGGUGGUGGAGAUGGUAUUGCAACUGCAACUAUUAUGGUCCUUGGGGAUACUUGUACUCGUGGAUGUAGAUUUUGUGCUGUCAAAACUAGUAGAAACCCUGCUCCUCCUGAUCCUUUGGAGCCACAGCAUACUGCUGAGGCUAUUGCAAGUUGGGGUGUGGACUAUAUUGUUCUAACAAGUGUAGAUCGUGAUGAUCUACCUGAUGGUGGAAGUGGGCAUUUUGCUCAAACAGUCAAAGCUAUGAAGCAACUCAAGCCUGAGAUCAUGGUUGAGUGUUUAACUUCUGAUUUUCGGGGGGACUUGAAGGCUGUAGACACUCUGGUACACUCAGGAUUGGAUGUGUUUGCCCACAACAUUGAGACUGUGAAACGGCUCCAGAGAAUUGUCAGAGAUCCUAGGGCUGGGUAUGCACAAAGCUUGUCAGUUUUAAGACAUGCAAAAAUUAGCAAGGAGGGCAUGAUAACAAAAUCUUCUAUAAUGUUGGGCCUUGGAGAAUCUGAUGAUGAGUUGAAAGAAGCUAUGGCUGAUUUAAGGGCUAUUGAUGUUGAUAUUUUGACUCUUGGACAGUAUUUACAGCCAACUCCACUACACCUGACUGUCAAAGAAUAUGUCACCCCUGAAAAGUUUGCUUUCUGGAAGGAAUACGGGGAGUCCAUUGGAUUUCGUUAUGUAGCCAGUGGACCACUGGUCCGAUCCUCAUAUAGAGCUGGUGAGCUUUUUGUCAAGACAAUGGUUAGAGAUAAGGCUACCAGCACUGCUGGCACAUCCUAUUGAUUUUUGGCUAUUGUGGACUUUCCAGUGGAUGGCUCAUGGCUGACAAGUUGACCACAAAUUGGUAAAUGAGAGCAGUAUGUAUUGGGGCAAAUGACUGUAAUGGUGGUCCUAAUUUAUUAUAGAGUAUAAAUUUUCUGGAUCUAGUAAAAAAUAUCUUCAUUUCUUUGAGGAUUUUAUGUUUUAUUUUAUUUAUUAUUUAUAAUUCUAUAGUUACAACUUACAACAAAGGGAGGGGGAAUUCGAUUCUUGAUUUUCCACGUAACAGAGAGUGGACAAUACCUUUGAGCUAUAAGGCUCUUUACAGGUUUC